AUGGAUGUUUUAGGAGAAAAUGAAGCCCUGCAGCAGUUUUUUGAUGGUAAAGAUGUCACUGGAGAACUGGAGAAUCUUUUUGUUGACACCAGUAUGUUGGAAGCAUAUAUUAGUAAUGAGUUAGAACCAGGACCAAUCACGUUACCAGAUUCACCACCAGAUUCUGUUUCUGAAUGCUGUUCCCCUCCACAAAUAACAGAUGUGCAGUGUGGUGAUACGUGGACUGAUGGGAUCCAUCCCCAAAUCCGACAGGCUUCUUCAAUGAGACAUCAUAAAGUUCCAUGUAGAUUUAGUGAGAUGGUGGUGCCUACUCAUUCUAACUUGCCACAACAACACAAACAGAAUGGACUUCGGGAACAUUCCAUGAAGUCUCUUGUGAACAUGCCUCCAAGCAACUGCUCAGUAUCUCCAAGUUCCGUGUGCCUACCAAAUCAUCCUGUCCAACAGAGUACCAGUCACCCUUCUGAAAUUUUCAUUCCGCAUUCAAACAAAAGAAAACAUUCUGAGUUCUUCAAGGAUGCUUCUGAAGAUGUGUGGAAUGACAUUCAAAGCAAAGAAGACUGCUAUUCCAGAGAACACAAUGCAGAUAAUUAUAGUUAUGAUACUGACAGCCAAACAGGAGUUUCGAUGGAUUGUGGUUGUUCACGUUUGAAAUGGAAUCCUUUCCAACCUAAUCAUUGGGCAGCAUUGUGCAACAAUAGUUACAAUGAAUUACCUGCUCUAGGAUAUCAAGUUGAUGCAGACAAGGGAUUUAAUUUUUCAACAGUGGAUGACUCAUAUGUUUGUCAAAAGAAGAACCACUUCCAGGUCACAGUUCAUGUUGGCCUGAUUGGACACCCAAAAUAUGUUAAAACACCUACAGGUCAUAAACCAAUUGAAACAUUCUUCCUUCAAGUUUUUGGAGUAAAGGCUGAGGCUACAAAUCAGGUGAUCAGCGUUGAGCAAUCUCAAUCAGACCGCAGCAAGAAUCUUUUUAAUCCUAUAAGGAUUGAUUUGCCAGGAGACCAAACAACGAAAAUCACUUUAGGAAGAUUACAUUUUGGUGAGACAACGGCGAACAACAUGAGGAAGAAAGGAAAACCUAAUCCUGAACAGAGAUAUUUUAUGCUUGUGGUGGGUCUUAACGCUAUCAGUCAAAACCAGAGUUAUUUAUUAGUGGCUGAUAUAUCAGAACGGAUAAUUGUGAGAGCUUCAAACCCCAGUCAGUUUGAGCAUGAUCGUGAAGUAACAUGGCAACAAGGACAUCUGCCCAAUACAAUUGCCUGUCAUGGCCAAGUGGGAAUCAACACGGAUAGCCCUGAUGAGGCAUUGGUCGUGUGCGGCAAUGUAAAAAUAAUGGGCACAGUCAUGCAUCCGUCUGACCAACGAGCAAAGGAGAAUAUCCAUGAGGUGGACACUACUGAACAACUAAAAAGGAUAACGCAAAUGAGGCUCGUUGAGUAUGACUAUAAGCCUGACUUUGCAUUAAAAAUGGGAGUAGAUUGUGCUCAUGGAACUGGUAUGAUAGCACAAGAAGUGAAGGAGAUUUUGCCAGCAGCAGUAAAAGAGGUUGGUGAUGUGACCUACACCAAUGGAGAGAAGAUCGAGAACUUCCUCAUGGUUGAUAAAGAUCAAAUUUUCAUGGAAAAUGUUGGUGCCGUGAAGGAGUUGUGCAAGUUGAAUGACAAUUUGGAAAAAAGAAUUCAAGAGUUAGAAGUCUGGAACAACAAUCUUGCCAAACUGAAGCAAAAUGGGAGCAGAAACUCCACAAUGAGUGAGAAAUACAGGAGAAGGGGGCAGAAAGCCUACUCACCUUAUAGCUGUGGCUCACACACUAUAUCCAAUUGUACAGGACGCAGUGAUAGGACAAGCAUGAUUAGUCGAUUGGGCAGUUUAGUAACUGCGGAGAGUCCUGUCAUGACCAAGCACAAGGCCUAUGUUAAACAAGACUGUUUUCCACAAAAGAUUUUCCAAAUUGUCAUCACGACCUUGCUGGCUGUCAUGGCCUUUAGUAUUAUUUUGGUAUCUACACUCUAUGUGCUAACUUUGAGUGAUGAGAGAAAUGAUAUCAAUCAUUUCAAUAGCAGCUGUAUUUCAGAAGUGUUGAGCACCAGUGGACAAACUACUGAUACUUCACAUACAACUUUGCCAGCAGAGACUGCAAUUUCAUUUUAUACAACAUUAAAAGCUGAAACCUCCCAGCCUGAAGUGACCUUCUGCCAUAUCUUACCCUGUGUCAUUGUGCAUUGCUGUGCCGAGCAGUCUCAAAUCAAAGGCAUUCCUUUCCAUCACAGAAAGAAGAGAAACCCUUAUCCUAUCUUACAAAAACUUACGGAAACAGGGUCAGGGACAAGCCCAGCAUCAAAUAAAAAGAACAUGAAACAGGUUGAUUGGGUUGAUACAUCUGUUAAAUCAAUACAGGUUAUGGAAAGCCAACAAGUUAUUGACCAGCAGUUCUGUGCAAAAGGAGUUCACUGUGGGAAUGGUAACUACAAUUACGUAAUCCCAAUCAACAAAUACACUCCUGUAGAUAUGAGGAUUACAUUAGAAAUAAACACCACAGCACCCUUGCUUGUUUACAAAUGUACGAUGCACAUUGGCAGAACCUGCAGGAACUCUGUAAGGAUCACAACUAAAAAUGACGCUUGGCCAGAAAUGACACAGGGUUAUCAACACUUCUGGACCUUGCCUGUAGCACAUCUGCACAAAAGCAGAUACCACUUCCGUGUUGCUGCACCAGAUCUGGCAGAUUGUGGAACAAAUCAGAAUUUUGCUGGGAUAUAUUUUACAGAUUUUUACUUUUAUUUUUAUCGACAGUGUAACUAAUUUAGUACAAUCAAAAUCACAUGUGCAUUGAACUUGGACAUUUCUGUGAUCUGUGUUUCAUACACUUUGUAGUUUCAUCAAUAUGUUCAAGUGUUAAUCCACCUUUUUAAUCUUAGGUACUCUUGUUACAGGCCAGUUUAUGACUAGUUUCCUGAGGUACAAAACUAAUAUCAAAUUAUUGCAGAAAAGAUUUUGCAAAACAGUGUAUUGUUCGCAAGACCAUUAUUUGUAUUUUAAAUGAAUUGUUGAACAACCAUAAUUGUAAAUGUAUUUAAUUUUUUUUCUACCAAGGUUUAUAGAUUAAUGUUAAAAUUUCUACAAGGGUUAUUCACUCUUGGACUCUGAAUACUAUUUUAAGUUGCCAUAGUCUAUAUCGU